AUGAGCAACUUUGAGCACCAAGUGGCAGGACACGAUCAAAUAGUAUACGUCGAAGCUGGCAAACUAGCCAAACCAUGCUCCUCCAUCGAAGUACAAUUCUACGAACAAGCCCAAAACACCAAACUCAAAGCUUGGAUGCCUAAAUACUUUGGCACUAUUCCGUAUCAGUCUCCCAACGAAUCGACUCAGCAUAAGCCACAUGAAUUUACUAGAUAUGUCGUGCUUGAAAACCUCGUUGAGCCUUAUAUAAAGCCAUGCAUUGCUGACAUCAAAGUUGGAACGAGAUUAUAUGGAGAGGAUGCUACAUCUGCCAAGAAGGAACGGAUGGAGUAUCAGGCUCAAAAUACUACUUCUGGAAGUACCGGGCUGCGAAUUUGUGGCAUCAAGGUUUACGAUGAAACUCUUGGAAAUUUCACAUCGCAUGACAAAUCUCUGGGUCGGUCAUUAACGCCAGACACGAUAAUAGAUGGUCUGCGAGUGUUUUUGCCUACAAAAGUAUAUUCUUCAGUGUUGGACGUCUUGCUGGCAAGCUUGAGAGCCAUAAGACAAGACCUGUCUGAAUCAACAGCUCGAAUAUAUGCAUCAUCCGUAUUGCUGCUAUAUGAAGGGUCCACAGAUCAUCAAAUGGGGCCUAGAGUCCGCUUGAUUGAUUUUGCUCAUGCUCACUUUGAACCUGAAGGUGCUGGACCAGAUCAAGGGGCGCUGUUUGGACUUGAUAAUUUAUGUAGGCUCAUAGAAAAACUGAUUCAGGAACGUAGAUAG